ACACACACACACACACACACACACACACAUAUUCAACCAGCAUCUGCUUCACACCUUCCACUCGCGUCUCAUUCCUCAUUCUCCAUCCUAUCCUUUGAUCGAUUCAUCCAUACCCCUCCACUUCAUUUCACUCGCCAGUCAAGAAAACACGCCUUAGCCCAUCAUGUCGAUUAUGGAGUAUAACGGAGGUGCGGUGGUGGCCAUGGUUGGCAAGAACUGCGUGGCCAUUGCCUGCGACAAACGCCUCGGUGUCCAGGCCAUGACCAUCUCGACCGAUUUCAAAAAGACUUUUCAGGUCACCCCAAAGACAUAUAUCGGACUCCCCGGUCUCGCCACGGAUGUCCAGACUCUGGCAGAAAAGUUUCGAUUCAAGGUCAACAUGUACAGAUUGAAGGAAGAGCGCGAAAUCGAACCCAGAACCUUGGCCCAUCUCGUCUCUUCGACGCUCUAUGAACGACGAUUCGGCCCUUGGUUUGUAGAGCCAGUGGUUGCAGGAUUGGACAAGGAGAACAGGCCAUUCAUUUGCUCGACAGAUCUGAUCGGAUGCAUCAACUUUGCAAAGGACUUUGUCGUCUCUGGAACCACUUCCGACCAGUUGUACGGAAUGUGCGAGUCCCUCUGGGAGCCCGACCUGGAACCUGAGGACUUGUUCGAGACUAUCUCGCAGGCGUUGAUGAACGCUGUCGACCGCGACUGUUUGAGUGGUUGGGGAGCAGAGGUCACUGUCAUUACGCCCGAGAAGGUCAUCACUCGCACGCUCAGAAGUCGUCAGGACUAAACCUGUUGUCAUUGGGAUAUAUGUGCGGUCGACGAGGGGCUCAUAAAGAGAAUUUAUUACAGGACAAUAAAAAUGAUGAAAAAACAAGAGACCCAGCUAUGAUAUAUCCAUUCGACGUAUAUCCAAGGGAGACCAGAAUCCAAGCGACAGAGCUGGUGACAAUGUGCAUCAUUUAGAGAUGAAAAUGAUUGUGUUAUUACAGACGAUAUGAUUAAAAAAGUAUUGUGGGUGUGGCUAUGGCUAUGGCUAUGGCUAUGGCUGCACGAUGGUAUGCUGCACCGA